CCUACCAGGAGACAGGACUUACAGGAGAACCAGUAGGCGGUGGAUAAAGAUAGUUUUUGCGCUCUCUCUCUAUCUCUCUCCCUCCCUCCCUCCUGGUGACCGAUCGCGAUCUAUUUGCCGAAAAAUAAUUAGAAUUUCGCCUAUCAACGUAGCAAUUAGUUCCUAUGACAAGUCUCUGAUACAAGAAUUUACACAUAGAGAUCAGAGAAUAGAUAUUGAUUGAUCCGCUGUACUAACGAAGGUCAUGAUGUCCGAUAACCAAGGGGAUGAUGCUGAGUACAUGGCAGAUGAAUAUGAAAUGGAAGACAUAGAUGAUGACAUGGAUGAUGAAUUUCGGGGCAGAGAUAUGGGUGGCUCAGACUCUGAUGUGGAUGAAUAUGACUACAUGAAUAAUAAAUUGGCAGAUACUUCUGCUGCUCAAGCUAGGAGAGGCAAAGACAUCCAAGGUAUUCCGUGGGAUAGGCUAAGCAUCACCAGGGAGAAGUAUAGGCAAACUAGACUAGAACAGUACAAGAACUAUGAAAAUAUACCUCAAUCAGGCGAGGGGUCAGAGAAGGAGUGCAAAAUCACAAAGAAAGGGGAUUUGUACUAUGAGUUCAGACGCAAUUCAAGAUCUGUGAAAUCGACAAUCCUUCAUUUCCAGUUAAGGAAUUUGGUGUGGGCUACAUCAAAACAUGAUGUUUACCUGAUGUCACAUUUCUCUGUCAUUCAUUGGUCUUCCUUAACUUGCAACAAGUCUGAAGUCCUCAAUGUAUCAGGACAUGUGGCACCAUGUGAGAAACAUCCUGGAAGUCUUUUGGAAGGAUUUACACAAACGCAAGUCAGCACGCUAGCCGUAAAAGAUAAGUUGCUAGUCGCCGGAGGAUUUCAGGGUGAACUCAUUUGCAAGCAUUUAGACAGACCUGGAGUUUGUUUCUGUUCCAGAACAACUUAUGAUGAUAAUGCUAUCACUAAUGCUGUCGAUAUUUAUACCACUCCCAGUGGUGCAGUUCAUUUUAUAGCCUCAAAUAAUGACUCUGGUGUUAGAGACUUCGAUAUGGAAAAAUUUCAACUUACUAAGCAUUUUCGUUUUCCCUGGCCAGUGAAUCAUACAGCUCUGAGUCCUGAUGGCAAGCUGCUUAUAAUAGUCGGAGACAACCCAGAUGGUAUGCUGGUGGAUUCUAGAAGUGGAAAGACAGUUGCAUCCUUGAGUGGGCAUUUGGAUUUUUCAUUUGCAUCAGCAUGGCACCCUGAUGGCUUAACUUUUGCCACCGGGAACCAGGACAAAACGUGCCGAAUUUGGGAUGUCCGAAACCUGUCUAAAUCAGUUGCUGCUCUGAAAGGUAACCUUGGUGCCAUCCGGUCAAUCCGCUACACAUCCGACGGUAGAUUCAUGGCAAUGGCAGAGCCCGCAGACUUUGUCCAUGUCUUUGAUGUUAAAAGUGGGUACGAAAAGGAGCAGGAAAUCGAUUUCUUUGGUGAGAUAUCUGGCAUAUCCUUCAGUCCUGAUACAGAGUCCCUUUUUAUCGGAGUGUGGGAUCGUACAUAUGGUAGCCUCCUUGAGUAUGGCCGGCGGCAGAACUAUUCAUACCUCGAUACCAUAUUGUGA